AUGCUGGCGGGCACGCCACAGUAUUUCACGGACACGCAGGGUCCGUCUCACUGCCCGUCUUUCACUUGCACGGUGCAGCUGCCCUUCAGUUGGGGCAGCUACACGGGCAGUCCUUGCAUGACCAAGACGCAGGCGGAGACCAACGCAGCUUUCGAGGCGUGGUUGGGUUUUUUUGUGGAGGGACCGUUCAUUCGCGGAGGGGAGAGAGGAGUCCUCCUGAAGGGUGCACAGGUAGGGGGACAGCUGGAGGGUGCGGCAACUGGUGCUGAAGGGGGGGUGGUGGGUGCAGCUGCAGAGGAGGCUGCAGCAGUAGCAGCAACAGCCGUGGAAGCAGAAGUGGCAUCAGCGACUAGAGGAGAGGAGGUGGCUGCAGGGGGUUAUGGGCAGUUGGGGGCUGCUGGGACCGUUGAGGCAGCAGUAGACGUAGCAGGAGCAGGAGCAGGAGGAGCAGGAGGAGCAGGAGGAGGAGGAGCGGGAGCAGCAGGAGCAGGAGGAGCGGGAGCAGCAGGAGCAGGAGGAGCGGGAGCAGCAGGAGCAGGAGGAGCGGGAGCAGCGGGAGCAGGAGGAGCGGGAGCAGCAGGAGCAGGAGGAGCGGGAGCAGCAGGAGCAGGAGGAGCGGGAGCAGCAGGAGCAGGAGGAGCGGGAGCAGCAGGAGCAGGAGGAGCGGGAGCAGCAGGAGCAGGAGGAGCGGGAGCAGCAGGAGCAGGAGGAGCGGGAGCAGCAGGAGCAGGAGGAGCGGGAGCAGCAGGAGCAGGAGGAGCGGGAGCAGCAGGAGCAGGGGGAGCGGGAGCAGCAGGAGCAGGAGGAGCGGGAGCAGCAGGAGCAGGAGGAGCGGGAGCAGCAGGAACAGGGGGAGCGGGAGCAGCAGGAGCAGGGGGGGCGGGAGCAGCAGGAGCAGGGGGAGCGGGAGCAGCAGGAGCAGGAGGAGCGGGAGCAGCAGGAGCAGGAGGAGCGGGAGCAGCAGGAGCUGUGGAAGUGAAAGAAGAAGUCAUAGCAGGAGCAGAGGGUAUUGGGGGGGAGGUCGCACCUGCAGCAGGAGCAGAGGGUGCUGCGGGGGAGGUCGCAUCUGCAACAGUACCAGAGGAUGUAUGGGGGCUGGCAGCAACUGCAGACGCAGAGGGUGCAGGAAAGGAGAUAGCUGCUGGUGGUGAUGCUGCUGGUGGUGCUACCGCUGGUGCUGCCACUGGUGCUGCCUCUGGUGCUCCUAUCCCCUCUACUGGUGAUGUUGUAGAGGUGGGCGCAGAUAAGAAGCGGCCGAAGCUCGUCAUAUCGAAGAAGACAGUUGGUGAAGGGCAGAGAAGGCUGAGAAAGUGUGCAGGGGGGCUGGCAGAAAGUGCAGAAGCAGAGGGUGCAGGAAUGGAGAUAGCUGCUGCUAGUGAUGCUGGUUGUGAUGCUGCUGGUGGUGAUGUUGUGGAGGGGGGGGCUGUUAAGAAGCGGCCGAAGCGCGUUGCAUCGAAGAAGUCAGUUGGUCAAGGGCAGGAAAAGCUGAGAAAGUGUACGAAUCGCUCUUGUAAUAUCUGCCCCUGA